CGCUGUGCUUUCGUAAGGCGCGUCCUGGCCUCUCCGGACGAGACCGGAAAGUGGAGAGGGCUUUACUCGUCGACGAGCUUUCGUCGUGGAGAGCGUGCGCGCGCGCGUGCUAACUCGAGGAGAAAGGAAAAACGGAGAGAAAGGAGGAAGAAGAAGAAGAAGAAGAAGAAGAGGAAGAGGAAGAAGAAAAGGAAGAAGAUAAAGGAAGAGGAGGAAGUAGAAGAAGGCGUUCGUUUCGAUUUUUCGCAUUUUAUCUCCAUGACGAAACUCGUUGAAAACGUUUGAGGAGAAAGAAAGAGUGAAGGAGAGAAAGAAAUAGAUAGAGAGGGAGAGAGAGAGAGAGAGAGAGAGAGAGAGAGAUUCGAAAUAAAAGGAAGGAAGUUAAAAAAGGAGAAAAGCCGAGACGACAACGACAAUAACGACGAUAACGACAAGGAGGAGGUCGUCGUCGGUAGUGGUGGUGGUGGUGGUGGCGGUAGAGGACGAAAGCGUCGGUCGAUCGUAAAAAUGUAAUGACCCGGCGACGAGAGAGGGAAGAGAGGUAGCUCCACUUGGAAAGUUUUAGCAGCAAGCUACGUCGUAACUCCGUGAACGAAGAAGCAUCGCCAACGGUAAAGCUCAUGGCGUGAAGCUCGAACAAUCGACCGGAAGGGGGAUUCGUGGCUAUCGUUUCUCUUUUCUUCUUUUCGUCGUCUCUGCGCGAAGAAUUCGAGCGAAAGCGCUCGAUCACAGAAAUCAGAAUGAUCGGGGCCAUGCCAGCAGUGGCUGUACGCCAUGAACGUAGAAGACAAGAAAAGAGGCUAAAGCGACCAAGUCAGCUUUAUUUGGGCGGCCAAUGGAUGCCACCCCUUCAAGGUUCACCACCUACACCUAGUCCCCACGGACACAAUAGUCAUCUAGAACCGCUUCCAGAGCUUUAUCUUUGCGGCAAGAUAUCCGGUUUGCACGCAGUCGUGGUGUGUCUGUUGUUGGGUGCAGUGGUACUCGUGGUUGGUCUUGUCCAACUUGCCCCGGGGGCAACGACCACCGACCACAGACUCGCUCUACUCAUCGCAGGCGCCACUUUGCUCUUACUCGGUAUCAUCCUGGCUGCCGUGAGAUGUUACGUUCUACAUUGCGUUCCCCUACCAGCGGAUUCUCCCGUAGCCACUCCUCUUCCCCCACCGACGAACGAACACCAUCAUCAGGCGAUGGUAUCCAGAGGUACCCUCGACCUUUUAGUCGGUCAUCAGAAUCAGCCGGAAACCGACGCUCUUAUGCGAACCGAGCAACAGCAAGAUCAUCAGCAACAGCAACAACAGCAACAACAGCACCAUCAUUAUCAUCAUCAUCAUCAACAUCACGGUAACCAUAAGAAGAAGCGUAGCUCGCAAAGCUCUUAUCCAGACGAAGCCUAAUCUUUGCAUCACGAGUCUGAUCUGCGUGAAUCAGAGAGCAAAAGAGAAAGAAGAAAAGAUAGGAGUGAUAAAGAGAGAGAGAGGAGGAGAGACAGAAGAUUAGAUAGAGAAAGAAAAUACAGAGAACAAGAAAGAGAGAAAAUGUAUGAACAAAAAAGAAAUCGUGAAACAAAGGAAUACGAACGAGAUAGAAAUUGUGAAAAUGUUAGAGGAAAAAAGAGAGUAUAUGAGAGAUAGAGGCAGAGAUAGAUAAAGAAAGAGAGAGAUUCUCCAUGGUUAGAAAGUAAUAGAAGGAAAUCCGUCGAGACAUCGUGAUGUCUCUUAUGAUGCCCUGUAUAUGUACAUUGUACUCGAUUCUUUUAUCUUUUGUAACUUUCUAUAUAUAAAUAAUGCAUAUACAUAUUAUACACACACAUAUAUAUAUAUACAUAAUACUAUACUAUACAUAUUAUAUAUAUACGUACGUACCGUGUACUCAGUACUUAACAUUACUGAGGAAAGUGCACUUUUCUGUAAAGUGUAUUGGGUGCUCGUUCUUUCAACCUAUUUCGAUCAAUUUCAUUCAUUUAAAAGUAAGCCAAAUUUAAUGGGACAAAAUGGAGGGAAAAGAAAUAAUUAAGCCCAAUCGAUACAUACAUAUAUUCGAAAUAAUGAAAUAUAUUAAAAGUGAUAAAUAAACGAGUCGAUGAAAUUAUUUCGUUCGGUAUAAGAAAUCUCAAAGAAAAAAAAAAAAAAAAAUUCGAAAUGGCUCGGUUAAUAUGGGCACCCUGUACAUUAGCGACGGAGCUCGUUACCACUACAAAAGACUAAACUUUUUUCUGACAAAACCGAUGAAAUCUCUGUACAAAAGCGUGUUAUAUGUAUAUACAUACAUACAUACAUAAAUACAUACAUACAUACAUAUAUAUACAUAUAUAUAUAUAGAAUAGAACGCAUAUAAAAAAUGAAAAAAAGAAAAAAACACACAAAGAACUCAUACGAAUUAUCGGAAGGAUUCGUUAUACUUCUCUGCACAAGUACUUACAUACUACUACAUACGUUAGACGGGGAUUAGGAAACAAAUGAGAACGAUCCAAUCGAGUUUUUUGAUUUUUUUCUCUUGAGACUAAACAGGGCAUGAAAAAUACGUGUAUCGUUUUGAUUAGGUACUAAAGAGAGAAACAAAGGGUAUAAGAGAGCGAGGAAGAAGGAAAGAAUAGGAGAAAAUGAGAUACGGAGAUUGGACGGACAGUUGGUAAUAAAUUCCAUGUGAUUUUACGUGCCAAUCUUGGAAACCAAUAUUCCAAUAUAUUCCACAAGAAUACUUCAUUUCUUUCUUUCUGCUAAGCUCGUUUGUUUCAGAAAUCUCGAGACGAUUGAAUUAAUCUCGAAAUUACAAAAGUUAGGAAAUCGUUUAUCCCGUCUAUCUUAAAACAAAUUUUCUGUCUUUCGGAAUAUGUACAAUUGAGGAGAUACAAUCGAUUGAUAUUUUACUAUUUGUUGUUUUUUUAUUAUUCAGGAUUUACGAUGAAACGAAAUGUUUUCAAUCGAGGUAAAAAACAAAAAAGAAAAAAAGAAAAAAGAAUAAAAAAAAGGAACAAAGCGUUUGAUAUAAUAAGCUUACAUACAUACGUCCGAUUUUAAGAUUAUUUAUUCGCGUACACGAAGGAGAAGAGUUAUGGGUGAUGUUUUUAUUUAGCACUAAGAAAGAAGGAUCAAAAAUAGAUGUCGAUAUCUAUCUAUUCGUUUUAUUAUUAAAAGAAAGGAGGAGGGUUACCGAUGAUGGGGAAAAACAAAUUUUACAUGAGAUUCUCGAACACGCAUACGCAUAGAUACACAUACACUCAAAUACGUACUUACACAGCAUCCGACAUUGCUCGCAUUUUUCAAAUACGAGCCUUGUAUAUACUAAACGAAUUCCCCAUUUUUGACGUAGGACGAUGAUAUAGGGAGAAGAAUGGGAGCGGAAUGUUCGAAGAAAGGGCGAUAUACGAAAGUAAAAAUACAGAAGACGAAGAAGAAGAGAAAAAUGAAGAUUUUAUUGUGGGCGAGGAAAUGGUGGGUUGGGAAGAGUUGAGAGAAGGAUAAUAAUAAUAAUAAUAAUAAGAAUAAGUGUCGUUACUUUUAGCUAGGACUUAUCGAUACGUUUUAUCCAGCACUUGCACUUAAUCUCGAUGCUAUUUUAUCGAGGGUUAAAAUUUUAGUAAAAUGGAAAAAGAAUGGGCAAGAGAAGAAUAACCAAUGAGGAUGAUGUUGACGAUGACGAUGACGAUGAUGAUGAUGACGGUGAUGAUGAUAAUGAGGAAUAAUGAUAGAAAAUAAAAUAAAUAAUGGUGUAUAAGAAUUUACAGCAAUCUUGCGAGCGCAGCAUUAUGCGAAAUCUAUGUGUCUUUCGAAUAACAAAUAUUUAAAUUCUCUAUUUACAUUAGGAUAUUUAUACUUUUAAGCAGAUAGGAGCGAAAGAGGGAAAAACUAAAUCUUCUUUGCCCGCGUGACGGGAAGACCAGCGAGAUGAUAUUUUAUUCGCCAAGAGUAUAUACAUAUGUAUUAUUUAUUCGAUCGUCGGGAUAAAAAAUAUCGAUCCUUUCGCUGACGAGAUAAUGGUUAUCAAAUUUUUAAAUACAUAACUAUAAAUUCGUUUCGAAACAGGAAAUGAAAGAGAGAGAGAGAGAGAGAGAGAAAGAGAAGAGACAGAAAGAAAGAAAGAAAGAAAAAUAUUUCAUGUGUUCCAAAAGUAAUGAAUAUUAAUUAUUAUUCAAAUAUUCGUACCUAUCUCGUGCAACAGCGAUAGGGUCGAUUAAAAAAAGCGCUGCCAAAUUCGCUUUAACAAAUUAAUUAUUAUUCCAUGUCCUGUGAUCGAUAAAAAUCGUUUCAUAUCUAACGUCACGAUAUAUCGAUCGUAAUUUCUUUUUUUGUAUUGUCGUUUAAGUAAGAACGUAAUCAUAUGCAUACGUUCGAAUUUUACUGCGGUAGCAAAACUUUUCCCAUCACGUGGGCGUAUACGUUCGACUACCGUUGGGGUCCACUUAAAGUUAUUACAAAUUUAACUUCAUAUAAGGUAAUUUAACGAAGCGAUACGCGCCAGAUGGCAAAGAAAUUUUCAUCAAGGGAAUGUCCUCGUGUAUUCGUCUUUCGUGGUAAAUUUUAUUUAUUUACUGUUAGCCAUCUGGUGCAGUGAUAUAAAUACGUAUAAAAGAUUGACAAAAAAGAAAGAGAGAGCGAGAGAGCGAGAGCGAGAGCGAGAGCGAGAGCGAGAGAGAGAGAGAGAGAGAGAGAGAGAGAGAGAGAGAGAGAGAGAGAGAGUAAAAUGAAGAGCAUAUACACUCUAGUGUUAUUUAUUAUAAAAUAUGAGUUAUCUCUGAAGUUAGUAAGAAAUGUCUAUUUAAAGAUAAGAGAGUCGAUAUAAUAUAAUAUAAUAAUUAAUUAACUAUAAGAAAGCUAUCUCCUAAUUCGUACCGCGGUCAUUAAUUUUUCCGAAAAAUAUCUCUCUUUGAGAUUUUUCAAAAAAUUAUCGAUUAUGGACGCGAAAAAAGGAUCAUCACAUACUACUUACAUAAUGUGUCUGUAGUGCUGUGCCAUUAAAAACAUUGAUACGGCACAUGCUCGAACUUCCGUUUGAAAACUAACGCGUGUAAAUAUAUAGUAUGGAUAAUUUAAGCUCUCUAAUGGCAGUUUUCAAUGCAAUUUUUUAAUGAGCGUAUUUUCUUUUGAUCCCUUCUCGAUGCGUUUUAUCGUUGCUUGCAUGGCUACGUAAGAACGUUGAGAAGGGAUGAAAGGUGAAACGUUGAAAAACGGCCAAUAAUACCUAAUUCGAAAACACGAUCCAAAGCACGUGGAAAAGAAGAAUAAUAAAAAGAAAAACGAAUUACGCUUAUGAAAACGCAGCUUCUUCGAAUAAAAUAGAUUUCUUCCAUUCGCCGAUAUUUAAUUGUAAGAUCUAUUAUGAUUAACAUACAAUUUUCUGAUUUGCAUUUUCUACUUAUCAAAUCUUUUCUUCCAAUUUUGUAUACAUAAGAUUGUGGAUUCUAGUCGAGAGUCAUCAAAAAAUAAUUAUAUGCUCGAUAAUUCGCAAAAGAGUUACCUUGAAAUGCUUCUCACGAUAUAUAUAUAUAUUCGUCUAUGUGUAUAUAUACAUGUGUAUAUGUAUAUGUGUAUAUAUAUAUGUAUAUAUAUAUAUAUGUAUAUAUAUUCGUCCAUUACAGCAAUAUGUAUAUGUAUAUUUCCUGCGUUUGCUUACAAUUAGCAAGUAUGAGAACAUUCGUUUAUAACGUAGAAUAUUAAUUGUUAUUCUUAUUAUUACUAUGAUUAUUAUUAUUAUUAUUAUAGAAUCAUUGCUCCUGCCCAGCGUUUUCUGCGAAUUAGAUUCGAGUGAGCUUCGAAUCACGACGAGAAAGUGUCAUGAGGACUUUUUCAACUAAGUUGUGUCUAUAAUAAAUAAAAUAAACCGCGUAUGUUACUCUUCUCAAAAAAUGCUUGGAUUAAAUGCGAAGAACAGCUAGCUGAUCAACGAUUAGAAACGUUCGUGAGAAAGUACUUUCGAUUUGAUCAUUAAUAAUUUAAUUCCUUUUUUAUUUACAAUUUUUGAAUGCAUCUAUUUAAUAUAAGAGAGAUUAGCAGUUCGAUAAUAGAUGACAUUAACAAUGGAAUUCACAUAAAUUAUUUGUUAAUUAAAACGAACGUUAAUAUCGUUGUAUGUUUGUAUUGAACAUUUCUCUAAUACAAUCCAAGUAUAUUCGUGAGUGAGAAUGCGCUUGAUCAUACGCGAAGUAAUUUAUGCGUAAUAUUAAAGAGUAGAAUGAUAAAAUUAAAAAAGAAAAAAAGAAAAAAAGAAAAAAUAAAUAAAUACUAGGAAGUAUGUAUGCCAAGCACAACACACAACUUAUAUAGUCAUCUGAACUCUCUUGAACUCUCACGUGAUCUUGUAGUUUCUAAAUCGUACUUCAUGCGAGCCUAUCUUCUUUUUCGCGAAGCAUUUUUUCUCUCUUAUAAAUAAAUAUAUAUAUAUAAAUAUAUAAAUAUAAAUAUAUAUAUAUAUAUAUAUAUAUAUAUAUAAAGAGAAAAGAGAAAAAAGAAUCAACCUUAAGUUAAACACACAGAGUACCGGUUAAACGUGUAAUAUAUCCUGUUCAGGGUAUGGUAACAACCAAAAUGGCAACUAAUACGAGAGAUUUAAAGUUUAUUUAAGAAAACAAGAAGAAAAUGAAAAAGAAGAACGUUCAUAUUGUGAUAAUAAGAUACUCUUUCCCUCUGCCGUGGAACGAUCGUAGUAACAAAACAAUAAAGAAUGUUGCGAUAGUUCAAAAAAUUCAUAGAUUCUGAUAUAUAAUAAAAUAAAAAAAAAAUAAGUGCAUAAAACGAGGGAAAGUAAACGAUUAAAGAAAGGCAAUCUCUCAAUCGUUAUUUUUAAUCAUUAUAUACAUGCAUAUGCAAUUCUUUCGAAAUAGUAUUCGCUGACUGGUUAUAUACAGGUAUACGCACGCAAUGUUUUGUAUAUACAUACAUACAUAUACAUAUACAUAUAUAUAUAUACACAUACAUAUAUAUAUAUUUCUUUUAAAGAACUGUAAGUUCCUCUUAUUCAGUUCAAAACUACUCCGUUACUACGAUCCGGGCUUUUUACGGAUAAUCAACAUGGAUAGCUUUGUAUAAGAAGGAUUUUAGAUUAAUCAUCGUCUUAUCAAAUAAGUUAUUAACGUAUGGCUUUUACGUGAAAGUUGAUGUACUUUGUCCGUUUAUUAUUAGGUAUAUAAAUAUAUGUAUAUAUAUUUUUGGGAUUACCUUUGUUGCAGUCAAAAAAUGCAAUGGUAACGUUACAAUUUUUAUAUAGAUUGUAAAAUGAAAAAUUAAGAUAUACUUUCCCAUGAUAUAUAAUAUAUGCGUUCGAUCAUUGCAAAAAAUAUGAAAAGGAAGAAGAAGAAAAAGAAAAGAAAAAAGAUGUACCAUGUCAGUUACACGUGAAUAGCCCCUCCUUAAAGAAACGCUGAUGUUGUAAUCCUAUAUGUGAUUCUAUAGCAAACAGCAAGUAAAAAAAAGGAAAAAAAAAAAAAUAAUAAACCAAGAAAAACUCUACCGCUAUUGUAACUUUCAGAGUUUAAUAAAACGUUUUCACUAACA